ACUGACUGUGGACACACGGGAGGGCACCGCCCCCACGUCUGUCCCCCUAUCAGAGAGCUCCGCCCUCCUCCCAUAGCGCUGGGUCCGCCCGGCUUGGCCUAUGGGAUGGGGGCGGCGAGCGCUUGCCCGGCCUAACUGAACCCCCGCUCUCAUUCUCCUGCGGGAGGAAGACCGGGAGGCCGGACACUCGGGCGCUGGGAGCCCUUAGGCGAAACAGAAGCCUCCCCCGCGGACAGCUGCCUCGGCAGCGGCGAGCUCGCGUCUGGGCCCGCUGUCUGCGCGGUCCCAGGUCCCCCGUGUCCCCGUGUCUCCCGUCCCCCAUCCCGCCGCCGGCCCCAUGGAGCAGCUGCUGCGCGCGGAAUUGCGCACCACGACCCUGCGCGCCUUCGGGAGCCCCGGGGCCGGCUGCAUCAGCGAGGGACGCGCCUACGACACGGAUGCCGGUCCCGUGUUCAUCAAGGUCAACCGCAGGACGCUGGCCCGGCAGAUGUUUGAGGGGGAGAUGGCGAGCCUGGAGGCUCUUCGGAACACUGGCCUGGUGCGGGCGCCUCAGCCUAUCAAGGUGAUUGACCUGCCUGGAGGUGGGGCUGCCUUUGUGAUGGAGCAUCUGAAGAUGAGGGGCCUGAGCAGUCAGGCAUCAAAACUUGGAGACCAGAUGGCAGAUUUGCACCUUUACAACCAGAAGCUCAGGGAGAAGUUGAGGGAGGAGGAGAACAGAGUGGGCCAGAGGGCUGAGGGUGCCGGGCCCCAGUAUGUGAGCAAGUUCGGCUUCCACACGGUGACGUGCUGCGGCUUCAUCCCACAGGUGAACGAGUGGCAGGAUGACUGGCCAACCUUCUUCACCCAGCACCGGCUCCAAGCACAGCUGGACCUCAUUGAGAAGGACUAUGCUGACCGAGAGGCACGAGAACUCUGGUCACAGCUACAGGUGAAGAUCCCAGAUUUGUUUUGUGGCCUAGAGAUUGUCCCCGCCCUUCUUCAUGGGGAUCUCUGGUCAGGAAAUGUGGCCGAGGACGACACCGGCCCCAUUAUUUACGACCCGGCCUCCUUCUACGGUCAUUCUGAGUUUGAACUGGCGAUUGCCUUGAUGUUCGGGGGGUUUCCCAGGCCCUUCUUCACCGCCUACCACCGGAAGGUCCCCAAGGCUCCAGGGUUUGACAGGCGGCUGCUGCUCUAUCAGCUCUUUAACUACCUGAACCACUGGAACCACUUUGGGAAGCAGUACAGGAGCCCAUCCCUGGGCACCAUGAGGAAGCUUCUCAAGUAGCAGCCCGCCUGUGUCGCCUGCCCAGCCGCUUGCCAAAGGACCAGGGCGGCAGUACCAGAGGCGGCUUCAGAGAUGAAUAAAGCCCACGGUGGUUUCAGGGA